UCAAUGUUGGGGAGGACUGCCCUGUGUUCGAUGGGCUCUUUGAGUUCUGUCAGCUCUCUGCUGGAGGCUCUGUUGCCAGUGCUGUGAAGCUGAACAAGCAGCAGACAGACAUUGCAGUGAACUGGGCAGGAGGUCUCCACCAUGCCAAGAAGUCAGAGGCUUCUGGUUUCUGCUACGUCAACGACAUCGUCUUGGCUAUCCUGGAGCUCCUCAAGUACCACCAGAGAGUGCUGUACAUUGACAUUGACAUCCACCACGGGGAUGGGGUGGAAGAGGCUUUUUACACCACAGACCGUGUCAUGACCGUGUCCUUCCACAAGUAUGGAGAGUAUUUCCCAGGAACAGGAGACCUGAGGGUGAGAGGCACAGGUAGAGGNNNAUAUUAUGCUGUGAACUAUCCCCUGCGGGAUGGCAUCGAUGACGAGUCCUACGAGGCAAUAUUCAAGCCUGUGAUCUCUAAGGUGAUGGAGACAUUCCAGCCCAGCGCAGUUGUCCUGCAGUGUGGCUCAGACUCCCUGUCUGGAGACAGACUGGGCUGCUUCAACCUCACCAUCAAAGGUCAUGCCAAGUGUGUGGAGUUUGUGAAGAGCUUUAAUCUGCCCAUGCUGAUGUUGGGAGGAGGAGGCUACACCAUCAGGAAUGUGGCCAGGUGCUGGACCUAUGAGACUGCUGUGGCUCUGGACACUGAAAUCCCCAAUGAACUUCCAUAUAAUGACUACUUCGAGUACUUUGGCCCAGACUUCAAGCUCCACAUCAGCCCCUCCAACAUGACUAACCAGAACACCAACGAGUACCUCGAGAAGAUCAAGCAACGUCUCUUCGAGAACCUGCGCAUGCUGCCCCAUGCUCCUGGGGUCCAGAUGCAGCCCAUUCCCGAGGAUGCUGUGCAGGAAGACAGUGGAGAUGAAGAGGAAGAAGAUCCUGAGAAAAGGAUUUCAAUCCGGAAUUCUGACAAGAGAAUAUCCUGUGAUGAGGAAUUCUCUGACUCUGAGGACGAAGGGGAAGGAGGACGCAAAAACGUUGCCAACUUCAAGAAAGCCAAACGAGUGAAAACAGAGGAUGAGAAGGAGGAAGAGGAGAAGAAAGAUGAGAAAGAAGAGGAAAAGGCAAAAGAGGAGAAAGCAGAACCCAAAGGGGUGAAGGAGGAGACAAAAUCCACCUGA